CAUGUCUGGCUGCAGCCUCCGCCUGCUUCCCACCCCGCCCAGCGACUCCCCGAGCGCUGCGAGGACCUCGGUGCCUGGACUCGCUUGAUUCUGUGUCUUGUGCAGCGCCCAGCACAAUAGACAAAAUGGCUGCUCAGGUUACUUUAGAGGAUGCCUUGUCCAAUGUGGAUCUCUUGGAAGAAUUACCAUUGCCGGAUCAACAACCAUGUAUUGAACCCCCUCCGUCAUCUCUGCUUUACCAGCCAAACUUCAACACUAAUUUUGAAGACCGGAAUGCAUUUGUCACAGGCAUUGCAAGAUACAUUGAGCAAGCUACUGUUCAUUCGAAUAUGAAUGAAAUGUUGGAAGACGGUCAAGAGUAUGCUGUCAUGCUGUACACAUGGAGAAGCUGCUCAAGGGCCAUUCCUCAGGUUAAAUGUAAUGAACAGCCUAACCGAGUAGAAAUUUAUGAAAAAACUGUGGAAGUUCUGGAGCCCGAGGUUACAAAACUGAUGAAUUUUAUGUACUUUCAGAGAAAUGCAAUUGAACGAUUCUGUGGGGAGGUGAAGCGCUUAUGCCAUGCAGAGAGGAGGAAGGAUUUUGUGUCUGAAGCAUAUCUGAUCACUUUGGGCAAGUUCAUCAAUAUGUUUGCAGUAUUAGAUGAGCUGAAAAAUAUGAAGUGCAGUGUGAAGAAUGACCACUCUGCCUACAAGCGAGCUGCUCAAUUUCUGCGUAAAAUGGCUGAUCCUCAGUCCAUCCAGGAAUCCCAGAACCUCUCCAUGUUCCUUGCUAAUCACAACAAGAUUACACAAUCUUUACAGCAACAGCUUGAGGUGAUUUCUGGCUAUGAAGAACUGCUGGCUGAUAUUGUGAAUUUGUGCGUGGACUACUAUGAAAAUAAAAUGUAUCUAACACCCAGUGAGAAACACAUGCUCUUAAAAGUAAUGGGCUUUGGAUUGUACCUGAUGGAUGGAAGUGUCAGUAAUAUCUAUAAAUUGGAUGCAAAGAAAAGAAUAAACUUGACCAAGAUAGACAAGUUCUUUAAGCAGCUGCAAGUGGUCCCGCUGUUUGGUGAUAUGCAGAUUGAACUGGCAAGAUACAUUAAGACUAGCGCCCACUACGAGGAAAACAAAUCCAGAUGGACGUGCACCUCUUCCAGCAGCAGUCCCCAGUACAACAUCUGUGAGCAAAUGAUCCAGAUCAGAGAAGACCAUAUGCGCUUCAUUUCGGAACUGGCUCGUUACAGCAACAGUGAGGUAGUGACUGGGUCUGGCCGUCAGGAAGCUCAGAAAACAGAUGCAGAGUAUCGAAAACUCUUUGAUCUCUCUCUCCAGGGACUACAGCUCCUAUCUCAGUGGAGUGCACAUGUUAUGGAAGUGUAUUCAUGGAAACUAGUGCAUCCAACUGACAAAUACUCCAAUAAAGAUUGCCCUGAUAAUGCAGAAGAGUAUGAAAGAGCAACACGAUACAAUUAUACCAGUGAAGAGAAGUUUGCCUUGGUUGAGGUUAUUGCCAUGAUCAAAGGUCUUCAGGUGCUGAUGGGGAGAAUGGAAAGUGUCUUUAACCAUGCCAUACGUCAUACCAUUUAUGCUGCUCUUCAGGACUUCUCCCAGGUUACACUGAGAGAACCAUUAAGGCAGGCCAUAAAGAAGAAGAAAAACGUAAUUCAGAGUGUUCUUCAGGCCAUCAGAAAGACAGUUUGUGACUGGGAAGCAGGACAUGAACCAUUUAAUGACCCAGCACUAAGAGGAGAGAAAGACCCCAAAAGUGGUUUUGACAUCAAAGUUCCGAGGCGAGCAGUGGGACCCUCCAGUACCCAGCUUUACAUGGUGAGAACUAUGUUAGAGUCUCUCAUUGCUGACAAAAGUGGUUCCAAGAAAACCUUGAGAAGUAGCCUUGAGGGGCCCACCAUAUUGGACAUAGAAAAAUUUCAUCGCGAGUCUUUCUUCUACACUCAUUUGAUAAAUUUCAGUGAAACCUUGCAGCAAUGCUGUGACCUGUCCCAGUUGUGGUUCAGAGAGUUCUUCUUAGAACUCACCAUGGGUAGAAGAAUCCAGUUCCCCAUUGAGAUGUCUAUGCCUUGGAUUUUGACUGACCAUAUUCUGGAGACAAAAGAGGCAUCAAUGAUGGAGUAUGUUCUCUAUUCUUUGGAUCUUUACAAUGAUAGCGCUCAUUAUGCACUUACUAAAUUUAAGAAGCAGUUCCUCUACGAUGAAAUUGAGGCAGAGGUAAACUUGUGUUUUGACCAAUUCGUCUACAAGUUGGCAGACCAGAUAUUUGCAUACUACAAGAUUAUGGCAGGAAGAUUUGUUCGUACUGUGUUACCCUUUUCUCAGGAGUUUCAGCGAGAUAAGCAACCUAAUGCACAGCCCCAAUAUCUCCAUGGAUCGAAGGCUUUGAAUUUGACAUAUUCCAGCAUUUAUAGCAACUACAGGAACUUUGUUGGUCCCCCUCACUUUAAAGUCAUUUGCAGGCUCCUUGGGUACCAGGGCAUUGCUGUGGUAAUGGAGGAAUUACUGAAGGUGGUCAAAAGCCUGUUGCAGGGCACGAUUCUUCAGUAUGUGAAGACCUUGAUGGAAGUGAUGCCUAAAAUCUGUAGGUUACCUAGACACGAAUAUGGCUCUCCAGGUAUCCUGGAAUUUUUCCACCAUCAGCUGAAGGACAUUGUCGAAUAUGCAGAACUGAAGACUGUGUGUUUCCAGAAUUUGCGGGAAGUGGGAAAUGCUGUGCUCUUCUGUCUACUCAUCGAGCAGAGUCUGUCGCUAGAGGAAGUGUGUGACCUGUUGCAUGCUGCACCGUUCCAGAAUAUAUUGCCAAGGGUUCAUGUCAAAGAGGGUGAAAGACUUGAUGCUAAAAUGAAAAGACUAGAAUCAAAAUAUGCUCCACUCCAUCUUGUUCCUCUGAUUGAAAGAUUAGGAACACCCCAGCAAAUUGCAAUAGCAAGGGAAGGAGAUUUGCUGACCAAGGAACGCCUCUGCUGUGGCCUAUCCAUGUUUGAGGUCAUCUUGACCAGGAUUCGGACCUUCCUAGAUGACCCAAUCUGGCGUGGCCCCCUUCCCAGCAAUGGUGUGAUGCAUGUGGAUGAAUGUGUGGAAUUUCACCGUCUCUGGAGCGCGAUGCAGUUCGUGUACUGCAUUCCUGUGGGAACACACGAAUUUACUGUGGAACAGUGCUUUGGAGAUGGGCUGCACUGGGCUGGCUGUAUGAUCAUUGUGCUUUUGGGACAGCAGCGUCGCUUUGAUGUGUUGGAUUUCUGCUACCAUUUACUGAAAGUACAAAAGCAUGAUGGCAAAGAUGAGGUCAUCAAGAAUGUGCCUUUGAAGAAAAUGGUUGAGAGAAUUCGCAAAUUCCAGAUCCUGAACAAUGAGAUAAUUACUACUUUGGACAAGUAUAUGAAGUCUGGUGAUGGAGAAGGUACACCAGUGGAACAUGUGCGCUGCUUCCAGCCUCCUAUCCAUCAGUCUCUGGCCAGCAAUUAAGUGUGGAGAAACAGCCUUACUUUUUACUUUAGUGGCAGUACUUUUGCACCUAGUUAAGCUAUAAGCUUAAGAAGAGAAAAACCCUUGUAAGGAAUAUACCCUAAUCUGUAUUUCAGUAUUUCCUGUGCCUUUUGAAUAGUGGUGCUUUGUCUUUUUCAGUCACCAAGCACAAUAAUGGUAUACAGUCCAUACUUAUUUUUCUAGACUAAAAUUUUAUAUACCGUGAUAAGAAGCCUGUAAUGUGUUAAUAAAAAAAAAAAAAAAAACCUUAUUGUCUUACAAACCCCUCUAUAUCCCUCACCUGAUGUGAUCAUUUUAGACUGGAUUGAUUCAAAUUGUUUUUCCCUCAUCUCAAAAUAUUAGUCACGGUGGUUAAAAAAACGAGUUUGUUUUUUUUGUAGAAACAUUUAAAAAAAAUUCAUUGUAAUUGUUUAUGUAUUAGAAAAGCAUUAAUUGCUUGCUUACUCUUUAUAAAAAGAAGGUUCCUGCUGGUGCUUUGUGAAUAAUUUUUUUAAUCAGUUUGAUUUUUUUCCCUAGCAAAAUUAAAUUGCAUUGUGUGAUUAGUAAUUAUGGAAAUAAAGGCAUUAAUUAAAAUUC